AUGGCGACUAGAUUGUGUUCGAAAUGUAUACAAUCCAAACUGUACACUAAUUAUUUAAAUUUAUCAAGAAACUUGAGUGUGUUGACCCAUGGCCAUCACAAAAGAGACACUGUUCACCAACGUAAUUUCCAGACGUCGCCUAAUUAUUUGAAUGUAGAAAACUCUGGGACAGGACGCAAGGGUGAUAACACAGGCCAUACGGGAAUUGUUUGUCCAAAGUGUACAACUGCCAAUUUAGAGUUCUUUUUAACUUCUAAUCGAUUUUUGAGAUGUCAGCGAUGUUAUCAUAUAUUCAAAGUAAUUUCUGCUGAAGAAAAUAAUUUAAAAGAUGUAACAGAAGAACAAAAUAAAUAUAAACCACCACCAAUUCCAAAAGAAAUUUUUGUGAACCUCAAUAAGUAUGUUAUUGGUCAAGACUUAGCUAAAAAAGUGUUAGCUGUGGCAGUUUACAAUCAUUGUAAACGUAUUAUUCAUAAUAUUACAACACCAAAAAAGAAUGACGUGAUUGAUCAACGGUUACUAGAUAAUUUACAAAAUGCAAGAGAGAAUUUAUCUAACAACCAUAUAUUUGGAAUGCCACAAAUGGAUAGUACAAAAAACAAUCAAGACGAAAUUAAAAUUACUUCAAUAUUUGAAGAUACACUGUUAGAAAAGAGUAACAUUAUAUUGUUGGGGCCUACAGGAUGUGGAAAAACAUUAUUGGCUCAAACAAUAGCUAAGCAAUUAGAUGUACCAUUUGCAAUUUGUGAUUGUACUAAUUUGACACAAGCUGGUUAUGUGGGAGAAGAUAUUGAAAGUGUAAUUGGAAAACUCCUACAAGCCGCUAAUUAUGAUGUUGAAAAAGCUCAAACUGGUAUUAUUUUCUUGGAUGAAAUUGAUAAAAUCGGUGCAGUGCCCGGAAUUCAUCAAUUGAGGGAUGUUGGAGGUGAAGGAGUCCAACAAGGAAUGUUGAAAAUGUUGGAAGGUACUGUUGUUAAUGUACCAGAAAAAAAUACCAGAAAACUUCGAAAUGAAACUGUUCAAGUUGAUACUACUAAUAUCCUGUUUGUUGCUUCUGGUGCAUUUACUGGUCUUGAUAGACUUAUAAGUCGCAGGACAAACCAAAACAGUCUGGGAUUUGGAGUCGAAAUUAAUAAUGAAAUGGGAAGUAGUAGAGCUGUUGCUGAAGCCGACCGUGUUGCUUCAACCACUUCAUACACUGAUAUUGAAAAAGAAAAUGCUGAACGAGAUGGACUAUUAAAAAAAGUUGAACCAAGAGAUUUAAUUCAAUUUGGAAUGAUACCUGAGUUUGUGGGAAGGUUUCCCGUUUUGGUUCCAUUCCACUCCUUAAAUAGAAACUUGCUUGUACGAAUUCUUACCGAGCCAAAAAAUAGUACAGUUAAACAAUUCAAAUUACUAUUUGGAUUAGACAAAGUUGAAUUAACAUUUACGGAUGAAGCACUUAGAGCGAUUGCCUCACAAGCCCUAGAAAAAAAAACAGGUGCCCGAGGAUUAAGAGCAAUUGUGGAAUCCAUUUUGUUGGACCCAAUGUUUGAAAUACCUGGAUCUGAUGUAGUUAGUGUUCAUGUCACUGAAGAUGCAGUCAAUGGAAAAAUGAAUCCACAUUGUAUAAGAGGCCGUCCAAUUGAUGAAGGAGAAGCCAAAAUGGAUACAAGAGCUAAAGUUGAAUGA